AAAGUACAGCAUCGGAGGAUUCAUCAACACAAAGACCAUCACAGACUACAUUGAUAACUUCAAAAUCCCCUCAUAGUACAGCAUCUGAGGAUUCACCAACUGUAACAUCAUUUACAACACCAAGUAUGGUCACAUCUACACCAACACAAUCCAUUCUAAUAACAUCAGAAUCUGCAUCAACAUCAACCCAAAGUACAACAUCUGAGCAUUCAUCAACAGUGAAUACAAUACAACAAACUACACCAUCUGUUGCAACAGCAUCCACAACACAAUCUGUGUCCACAUCAGCAACGACCUUAACCCAAAGUACAACAUCUGAGCAUUCACCUACAGUGACUACAACACCAUCUAUUGCAAAAUCAUCGACAACACAAAGUGUGACCACAACUACACAAUCUACUCUGCCCACAAUGGAAUCAGCAACAUCCACAACACAAACAGUGUCUACAAUUACACCAACACAAUCUACCCUGUCUGCAACAGAAUCAGGAACUAACUUAACACGAAGUACAGCAUCUGAGGAUUCGUCAACUGUAACUACAAUACAUCCACCCACAUCGUCUAUUGCUACAGCAUCCACAACACAAAGUAAGAUCACAUCUACACCAACACAUUCUAUUGUACCCACAACAGAAUCAGCAAAAACAUCAACCCAAAGUACAGCACCCAUGGAUUCACCGACUGUGACUACAACACCAUCUAUUGCAAAAUCAUCGACAACACAAAGUGUGACCACAACUACACAAUCUACUCUGCCCAUAAUGGAAUCAGCAACAUCCACAACACAAACAGUGUCUACAAUUACACCAACACAAUCUACCCUGUCUGCAACAGAAUCAGGAACAACAUCAGCACAAAGUACAGCAUCUGAGCAUUCAUCAACAGUGAAUACAAUACAACAAACUACACCAUCUGUUGCAACAGCAUCCACAACACAAUCUGUGUCCACAACAGAAUCAGCAAUGACCUUAACCCAAAGUACAGCAUCAGAAGGUUCAGAAACACAAAGACCAACACAAACUGCAGUCUUAACCUCACAAUCAGCCACUUCAGGUGAAGCUGUAUCAAAUGUAAAAACCACAUCAGAGAUUCCACAAACAUCAGCACCAUUAACAACACAACAACCCACACCUGCUGAACAAACUGCUGAAUCUACAGCACGUUACAGCACAACCCCACAUAGUGAAUCAGUGCUAACCACAACACAAACUACACCAUCUAUUGAAAACUACACAAUUGGCAGUACCAAUGACAAUAUCCUCUUCAGCAGACCAAACUAACUUCAUGUCAUCUACAACAGAAACAACCACAAGAACCAGACAACCAACACAAGUCACAGAAGCAAUACCCAUAACCCCAACAGGCACUGUAGUGUAUGUGACAACAAAUCAACAUACAGAAGGGAAUCAACCACAACACCAUCCCAAACUACACCGUCUGUACAAACACUGCCACAAACUACAGUCAGAGGAAGGAGAGAAACAGCAGUCAGAGGAAUGACCGAAACUACAGUCAGAGGAAUGACCGAAACUACAGUCAGAGGAAUGACACCAACUACAGCUGCCAAUACACAAUCAGUAGGUUCAGUCACUUCAUCAACACCUAGAUCAACCACAGCUCACAGUGAGCCUACAACACAAACUGGAGGAGCCGUGGAAACACAGACAAAGCUGUUUGCGCCAACUGUGGAAUCAACAAGAACAACGGCACAAACUACACCGUCCUUAGCAACAAGCAUACACAAGUCGACACAAACUAUAGAUACAAAUACACCAGCAACAACCCAAGUAAAAGCAACAGCAUCUGAAUCAAGUGGGUCAAGAACAAUUCACCCAACUACAAUGCAAAGUCCAUCCAUACAAACACACACUGUAAAUUCUGUCACAACAGUAACAAAAGCUACACCCUGGACAGCUGGAUCCACACCCCACAGGUUACAUUCUCCAUCAAGCACAGAGACAACCACUUUGUCAACAUACCUGGCAACCCAAUCUAUGAUACCUUUUAGCGAGCCCAAGUUACCCAGAACAACAUCUGCUGAGUCAUCUUCAGUAAGCACCCCAACACAGAGUUUGACCUUUCCCAGCACACAUAGUCUGUCAGGAACUACUUCCAUAAAUACACAAACUAGCGGACAAACAUCAGUUCCUUUCAACACACUCACCAAGCUACCAUCUGAUAUAUCAACAUCACAUACUGCACAAUCAACGGGCAACCCCUCGGCUUCACAACAACAACAAAGUGUCUCGUUUGUCCCAUCCAGAGCAUCUUCAAACCCAACACCAGCUCAAUCUGAACGUGCACCUCAGACGGACAGUACUGCACAUGUAGCUAUAACCUCGGACUCUGUAUCAACACAAGGAACACCUACCCAAAGUCCAGGUAUGAAUAUUGUUAAAGAAACAGGGAGUAGUUCGGCCACGCCAACCAAAAUGUCAGCUGCUACUCCUACAACUAUGCCAUCCAACGAUCCUCGAUCGCCCGGGCCUGUUUCUCUAACCUCACCCUUUGACUCCCAAAAACCAGCGACAACAACAUUGGACGGUGCCACAUACUCUUCUCUUCCUCAACCUUUGCCAUUUUCCUCAAAUGCAUCCACCAUCAAUCCUGCCAGUGUUGAUUCAAAGUCUGUUUCCUUAGCAUGGAAAAAUACAGUGGUCUUCAGAUAUUGCCCUAAAGUUGCUGCAGUGAGGCCGCUUACCUUUGAUCAUCCAACUGUGUUUAGGACCUCAUUCCAAGUUUCAGAUUCCUUCAAUGCCACUUAUGAGGAGCAACACCAGCCACCUCAAAACAGCACAAAUUAAAGAUGAAUACACAAUU